AUGAUGGGGAGCUUUUUAGCAGGAAGUACGGAAGCUCCUGGAGCUUAUACAAAUCAGGUUGGAAGCAAUUUUUCUGACUCCUUGGACAUGCUUGAGGAUAAAAGUUUAAAAAUAGAAGAUGAUUCUGACUUGCCAUCAUGGUCAGGUGAUGAACGUGGUGUCAGGGUUCUUGUAAAUGUUGAUAGCUUUGGUGCUGUUGGAGAUGGAGUUUCUGAUGACACAAAGGUGAUAUAA